UAGCAUAUAAUGACAACAUCAGCACCCCCAUAUAAGCCGCCUAAAGAUCUUCAGGAUUUAUUGGACAAAAAGCGAAAACGAACAGCAGUUUUACCAAAGCGUUCCUGGAUACAACGUAAUCCGCGACUUUUCCAAAUCACAUUUAUCACUACAUCUUUGCUGGUGUUCUUCUCCAAGCCGCUGUACGACGCCUUUAUAGCAGAUCCCUUGCCGCAGAAGGGUCCAAUUGUGCCAGGACAUAAACGUUAAGGCAUGGAAUCUGUGCGCAA